AUGAGGUCCUUGGCAGCUGAUAAGACAACUGGUUUGGUAGCCAAUGAAUGGGAAGAGAAGAAGCAUGAGGACCUAAAAGAAGAAGUGAGAAAAAUGCUAGUGAUGACUCCUUCCAAAUCUUUGCAAAAGCUUGACAUAAUCAACAAAAUCCAAUUGCUUGGAGUGGCGUACCAUUUUGAACAUGAGAUUGAGGAAUCAUUGAGUUAUAUCUACACUAGUUAUGAAGAAUGGAUUGACCAAGUUGAUGAAAACGACCUUCAUGCUGUUGCUCUAAGCUUUCGGUUACUUAGGCAACAAGGUUAUCAUGUUUCAUCUGAAGUUUUUAGGAAGUUCACUGACGACCAAGUAAAUUACAAGAAAGCAUUGGUUAGCGACGUGCAAGGAUUGUUGAGCUUGUAUGAGGCAGCACAAUUCAGAGUACACAAUGAAAAAAUACUAGACGAAGCAGUUAAUUUCACCACCACUCAUUUAAAGCUAUUGUUGCCUACAUUGAGCAGUUCUCGCGCGAUGAAUGUGAACGAUGCACUAAAGUAUCCAAUCAAUAAUACUAUAGUAAGGGUAGGAACGAGGAAAUACAUUUCAUUUUACCAAGAAGAUGAAUCACACAAUGAAGUGUUACUACAUUUUGCUAAAUUGGACUUCAACAUCUUACAAAGGUUGCAUAAAAAGGAGCUAUGUGAUAUCACAAGGUGGUGGAAAGAAUCGGAAAUCGCGCAGGCACUACCUUUUGCAAGAGACAGAGUGGUUGAGUUAUACUUCUGGAAUUUAGGUGUAUACUUUGAGCCUCAAUAUAGUGUUGCCAGAAAAAUACUAACCAAAGUGUUAUGCUUCUGUUCUAUUAUGGAUGACACUUACGAUACAUAUGGAACACUAGAUGAACUUACUCUCCUCACAAAGGCAAUUGAAAGGUGGAACAUUGAUGCUUCAGAAGAGUUACCGCCAUAUAUGAAGCUCUCUUAUCGUGCUCUUCUAGAUGUUUACAACGAAGUGGAGAUAGAAUUGGCAAAUCAUGAUAAUAAGUCAUUUCGAGUCAAAUAUUCCAUAACUGAGAUGAAAAAGCUGUUGAAGGCUUACUUUCAAGAGGCCAAAUGGUAUCAUGGGAUGAAUGUCCCAACAAUGGAGGAGUAUGUGAAGAAUGGGAUUCCCUCGAGCACUUACCUAUUACUUGCCACUACUUCUUGGUUAGGCAUGGGAGAGGUAGCAAUCAAGGAGGCAUUUGAUUGGAUAUCAACUGAACCUAUAAUUCUUGUCGCUUCGUGUAUAAUUGCAAGAUUACUCAAUGAUCUUGUAACACAUGAGAUAGAAUUGGAAAGAGGAGAUGUAGCUUCAGGUAUCGAAUGUUACAUGAACGAAUAUGGUGUCACAAAGGAAGAAGCAUACGUGGAAAUUAAGAAAAUAAUAGAGAAUCGUUGGAAGGAUUUGAAUCGAGAAUGCCUAAAACCUACCGCCGUGCCAAGGAUUUUGCUCAUGCCAGUGCUCAACCUUACGAGGGUGGCGGAGUUCUUUUAUAAAGAUGAAGAUGCUUAUACAUUUUCCAAAUAUAACUUGAAAGACGUCGUCUCUAUGGUGCUAAUUGAUCCUAUCGCAAUAUGAGAACUUUACUUUAUAGCUUGAUGUUUCUUGGGCUGCGUCCAAACUAGAGUUGUCUCUAUAUUGUUAAUUAGAUGCUCCGACUAUAUACAUGAUUUGAGUAAGUUAUGGUUGU